AUGACGACGGUAGUGGAUCUGGACGCGCUUCGAGCGUCCGUGACGCGUCAAGGCGCGCAAGUGCGUGAACUCAAGCAGAAGGGGGCGGUAGCUGAGUCCGUCAAGGCAGCAGUGGAUCAGCUAAAGAAACUCAAGCUGGAGCUCGAGACGCAGACGGCACUGCAGGGCCCCGCGAAAGAUGGCCUGAGUAAGAGCGACAAGAAGGCGAUGGACGACCUGCUGCUGCGCAAGAUGUUUGUAGUGCCAAGCUUUGAAAUCUAUGGCGGCGUGGGUGGAUUCUACGACUUUGGGCCGCCGGCUUGUGCGCUCAAGAGCAACCUGCUGCAGUUCUGGCGCCGCCACUUUGUGUUUGCGGACAAGCUGCUGGAAGUCGAGUGUACCAACCUCAUGCCUGAAGUUGUGCUCAAGACGUCAGGUCACGUGGACCGCUUCACGGACCUUAUGGUCAAGUGUACCAAGUCGGGUGAGUGUUACCGUGCUGACAAGUUACUGGAGGACCAUGUGGAGAACUAUCUCGAGAAGCACACAGACUUGAGCCAAGAGGAGCGCGAGAAGCAUGAGAUGCAUGCUACUAUGGCCGAGUCUUAUUCACCCGAGGAGAUCCAUGCCGUGUUCCAGGAGUACGGUAUCAAGGCCCCCGGAACUGGAGCGGAUCUGAGCAGUCCCAUUCCGUUCAAUCUCAUGUUCAAGUGUGCCAUUGGCCCUGAGGGCGGAAUGGUGGGAUACUUACGUCCCGAGACGGCGCAGGGUAUUUUUCUUAACUUCCGUCGUCUAUUGGAGUACAACGCCGGCAAGGUGCCUUUUGGCUGCGCUCAAAUCGGUAGCGCCUUUCGUAAUGAGAUCUCACCUCGCGCUGGACUCCUGCGUGUACGUGAGUUCCAGCAGGCUGAAAUCGAGUUCUUCGUCAACCCGAAAGACAAGAGCCACGCCAAGUUCUCGACCGUAAAGGACCUAGAGCUGCCUCUACUGACCAAGACAAAUCAGCUUACACACGGCAAGGCUGUUCAGAUGACGUGCGGCAACGCUGUCGAGCAGGGCGUCAUUGCCAACGAGAGCCUGGCAUAUUACCUUGCACGUACGUACUUAUUCUGCAAGGCCAUUGGCAUUGACAUGGAGCGCCUGCGUUUCCGCCAGCACUUAGACACGGAGAUGGCUCACUACGCUACGGACUGCUGGGACCUAGAAAUCAAGCUGAGCUCCGGCUGGGUGGAGUGUGCCGGUCACGCUGACCGCUCUUGCUAUGAUCUGUCAGUGCACGCCAAGAAGAGCAAGGUGGAGAUGGUGGGCACGCACAAGUUUGACAAGCCCGAGAAGCGCCAGAUUGUGGAGAUUAAGCCGAACAAGGGCAAGAUGGGCCGCACUUUCAAAGCUGAUGUGGCUACGAUCCUGGAAGCGCUCCAGGCUCUGACGGACGACGUGGCUCGUGCGCAGGCCUUCGAGGAUGAGUUGGCCUCUAAGGGCGAGGCGACGCUUGGGCCGCUGUGCGACGGCAAGCAGUUCAAUUUACAGCGCGACAUGGUGGCAAUCAAGGUGGUGGAGAAGAUGGUGAGCGAGGAGAAGUUCGUUCCAUCAGUGAUCGAGCCCUCAUUCGGCAUCGGUCGCCUACUAACUGCUGUCUUCGAGCACAACUUCUCGACCCGUGAGGGCGACGAGAAGCGUGGCGUAAUGUCGUUUUCGCCUCUUAUUGCGCCAAUCAAGGUGUCGGUGCUGCCGCUAAGCAACAAUCCGGCUUUCGACCCGUUCGCCGCGGAGCUGGAGCACCGGUUUGUCGAGGAGGGGCUGGAGUGCAAGGUGGACACGUCCAGCGUGGCAAUCGGCCGCAAGUACGCCCGCGCGGACGAGUUGGGCAUCCCGUUUGGCGUCACGAUCGACUUCGAUACGGUCAAAGACCGCGAGGUGACGCUGCGUGAGCGCGAUUCCACGGUGCAGGUUCGGAUUCCGAUGGACGCCAUUGGCCCCGAGGUGAGCAAGCUCGUUAGGGGCUCAAUUUCCUGGGAGCAGAUGCUCGAACGCUACCCGAAGGUCACGGCCGUUGCCGAGUAG